AUGGAUCAAUUUGAUAUUAACGGUGACAAUUUAAAUGAGAUAAAUAGCUGUGAUGAGGUCGAUGAUAAUUUAAAUGAGAUAAAUAACUAUGAUGAGGUCGAUGAUAAUUUAAAUGAGAUAAAUAGCUGUGAUGAGGAACUACAAAAAAUAAAAGAAAAUGAUUCUACUUGGUUUAUAAACUAUUAUUGUAUUAAAAAUUGUCUUUUUCAUUUAUUCUGGAUGACACCUAAUCAACAAACCAUGUGUUGA